GCUGUGGGUCAGGUGCACCGUGUCCACUAUGGUGCCGUUCUUGAGGAUCUCGAGGGCAUAGGGCAUGUCCGCGGCGCUGCCUCCCCACGGUGGCUCCGUGUACAAGAGAGGGGGGAACUUCCCAGAAGGACAACAGGGAUCUUUGUUUCCUGUGCAACAUCCGUGAAGGAAACAAGCGCUGCAGCCAGAGGUCUCAUCAACUGUGUGAUUUCCAGACUUGAUGCUAGUUUGAAUCCGGCGUCAUUGAUCUCUCAUCAUGAUGCGCUACUGGGGGGAGAUCCCUGGACCGGCGGGCGCACCUCCCAGCCGCAGCUCCUUUGACCUGCUCCAGCGCGAGUUCCGCUCAGUAGAGAUGCAGGACCCUCCCCUGCACCAGCCCUCAGCCCAGCGACCGCGGCCCACCACGAUGCUGGACAUCCCCUCGGAGCCCUGCAGCCUCACCAUCCACACAGUGCAGUUGUGUCAGCAUGCUCGCAGACUCCGCAGCCUAUUGACAGCGGCCCAGGGUCAGGGUCAGAGCUCAGCAUCUAAUGAAGGCAGCAGCAGGAUGGAGGAGGCUGAUACCAACCUUCCGCCACGUCCUCCCACCCCGCCUAUCAUGCCAGAUGAUCUGCUGCCUGUUGACAGCAAAGCACCAUGGCAACCCUUCCAGCUUCGCCACAGUGACCCUGAAAGUGACUUUUAUAUGGGUAAAGGCGAACCUGUCACGGAACUGAGCUGGCCCUCCUGCAGGCAGCUCCUCUACCAAUCAGUGGCCACUGUGCUGGCACACGCUGGCUUUGAGUCAGCUCAGGAGAGCGUGCUGGAGACUCUGACCGACCUGGUCCAUGAGCAUUACCUGCGCCUCACCCGCCUGCUGCGGGUGGCUGUGGACCGGGAAGCACGGCUUGGGGCGAGUCCCUUCCCAGACGUGGUGGAGCAGGUGUUCCAUGAGGUGGGCAUCGGCAGCGUGCUGGCCCUGCAGCGCUUCUGGCAAGUUAGGAUCAAAGAUUAUCACAGCUACAUGCUUCAGGUCAGUAAGGAUCUGUCGGAGGAAUACGAGCGUCUUGUGAACCCAGAGAAAGCCCUGGAGGAUUCCAAGCCCCUGAGGAUUAAGGACGAGCCCAUGAGCGACAUCUCCUUCCCAGUCAGUGAGGAGCCCGAAGCCGACCUGGCCUCUGGAGACCAGGCUCUGCCCAUGGGGGUCCUCGGGGCCCGCGCUGAAAGGCUGGCUUCAGGACUGGAUGCCGACCAUUCUCCUCACACGUCGGGUGGGGCCGGGGCCACCAACUCCCCCCUGUGGCCGCAGGUUAAAAUGGAGCCGCAGGAUGGCGAGGACGGCCACAGUUCGAGCCACCACCAUCACCACGCUGUCCUGGGUGGGGAUGUGUUUGAGGAGGGAGGCCCCAUGUCCACCAUGAGUGAAUCGGGAGGAGCCAUGGCCCCCUCGCCUGGUGGUGCGACCUCAGAAGCCAGCUACGCUUCGCACUCACCUGACUCCUUGAUGGGCUCUUCACCCGUCUUUAACCAGAGGCCCAAGAAACGGUCGAAGAAGAUGUGAAGUUUUGGAUGAGACAGUGGACACGUUACUAAAUUUGCUGCUGAGAUCAUGGCCUCUGGAUAAACUGACUGAGACGUUCAUGUCACGAACGAACUGAACUAAUGGGAGUGGGGUGGGGGGGUGUAGUUUGUAGUUCCUCUCAAAAAGCUUAAUAUGUUGGCACUAAAUAUAUCAAUGUGGUUUAUUGUCAAAUGAAAAUGAUGUUUUUAAUCUCUUGAAUUCUCCUAAUUUGACUUAAUUGUUUAAAAAAAACACUCAAGAGAUGAAAAAACAAUCUUUCACUUAACCUAAUAAAUUAUAGAACACGAAAAAC